AUGCCCCGGGUGGCGGUGGCGGCCCUGGCGCUGGCAGCUGCCGCGGCAUUCGGCCCGCUGGCCGCGGGUGCGCGAGCCCCGCAGCAGGGCGGCUUCGCCGAGGACUUGCUGAGCCUGUUCGGGGAGAACCGCAGCCUCUCGGCGGCCCAGCUCUCCCACCUGCUGCAGACGCUGGGAGCCGCGCGGGAGCAGGGGGCAGCGCUGCAGGGACAGCACCACCUGCACCACAACGAGUGCAUGUCUGGUGAGGACAUCUUUUCACUUCAUGGUUUUCCAAACAACAGCCAGAUAACAAAUUCCAGCUUCUCUGCAAUAUGUCCGGCUGUCUUACAACAGCUGAUUUUUCACCCUUGUGAUAGUUCAUCAAAGCACAAGAACAAAUCUAAACCGACUCCUUCAGAAGUUUGGGGGUUUGGGUUCCUUGCUGUGACUAUCAUCAACCUGGCAUCUCUCCUUGGGUUGGUUUUAACUCCUCUCUUGAAGAAGCCAUAUUUCCCCAGGAUUUUAACCUAUUUUGUGGGCUUGGCCAUUGGGACGCUCUUUUCCAAUGCGAUUUUCCAGCUAAUUCCAGAGGCAUUUGGAUUUGAUCCUAAAACUGACAACUAUGUUGAGAAAGCAGUAGCUGUGUUUGGUGGAUUCUAUAUUCUCUUCUUUGUGGAAAGGAUUCUUAAAAUGAUACUGAAGACCUAUGGCCAGACUGGCCACACUCAUUUUGAAAAUCAUGAACAGAAUCCUCCUCAGGCUAAGGGUAAUCCACCCAUACCAUUGAAAUCUGAUAAUGGGAUAACAUGCUAUGCAAAUCCAGCCAUAAUAGAGCCUAAUGGAAACCUCAGUUUUGACACAGUUAGUGUGAUCUCUGCUCAGGAAGAGAAAACCCAAAGCUGCUUAUGUUUAAAGGGACCCACAUUGUCAGAGAUUGGAACAAUUGCCUGGAUGAUCACGCUGAGUGAUGCUUUGCACAACUUCAUUGAUGGUCUGGCUAUUGGUGCGUCCUUCACCCUCUCUCUGCUUCAGGGACUUAGUACAUCUAUAGCAAUCCUAUGUGAGGAGUUUCCUCAUGAACUGGGGGAUUUUGUCAUUUUGCUAAAUGCAGGAAUGAGCACCUACCAGGCUCUGUUUUUCAACUUUAUUUCGGCAUGUUCUUGCUACAUUGGUCUGGCUUUUGGUAUAUUAGUGGGCAGCAACUUUGCUCCUAACAUUAUCUUUGCAAUAGCUGGCGGUAUGUUCCUGUACAUUUCUCUGGCAGAUAUGUUCCCAGAGAUGAGCGACAUGCUGAGGGAGAAAGUGACUGGAAGGAGAACAGAUUUAACCUUCUUCCUCAUUCAGAACGCUGGUUUACUAACAGGAUUUGCUGCUAUACUGCUGAUUACUGUGUAUGCAGGAGACAUUGAGUUGGAAUAAUGAGAUUCUGAAGAUGGCACUAAUAACGAAGGAUAUUAGUAAAUUAGAAAUGGAAGAACUCUUGAAAUCCAUAAAGGGACUUUAAAUUAAUCUACCUGGUUUAAAACAAUGACCCUGUUUUCUUCUGCAAAUCACAGAAAGUUAGCCUCUUCUUUUAGGGUUCCCAAAUCAGUCCUAUAAAAUGGGCCAUCAACUUCUGAGUAUUACAAGCAAUGGAUUCAAACACUUGUGAAGGUGUCAGAUGUACCUGCACAAUGGUAAAAAGAGGAUGUUACAUUCAGUGGAUGAAGCAGGAGGCAGCUAUAUGUAUUCCAUAUGACUUGGAUUUAAAAAAAAAAAAAAAGUUUGCCAGGAUGGAAAUUAGUACAAAAAGAAAAUAGUAAGGUUCAUACUC